AUGAGCGCACCAGACGCCACAAACGAUCACCAAGAUGAUGAUUGCCAAGCAGCUGCCGACGAAGAACACGGAGAUCUGCUUGGAUGGUGGGAAGUGACACGAAAAGCCGAAACUUGUGGGUAUCUGGACGCAUAUUCCAGUAAAGGAUACGCCAGGAAGAGCUCCUCUCGCACAGUCUCCUUUGAUUGGGUGUUCCAGCCAUCUGCAGAAUCGGUUGCCACUUGUUCGCCAAAGUUCAAUUGGUUGGACAUGGACUGGAAUGUACGCUUCCAGAAAUCACCCUUUGAUAGCGGGAUACCACACCCUCCUGCAUGGUCGCUAUUCUUGGAUUUAAAUCCGCCCUACACAAAGGUGCACCGUGUCAAGGGAACUAUAUUUCUCAAGCACGACACUGGAAACAUACAACUGUGGAAGUUUGAGGAGGAUUUUGAGCCCGCAUUCGAACACCAAGAGGUCUGUACUUGGAGCCGCCUUCGGUUGGAUCUUCACGACUACGUCCAGGAGAUGCAAGGGAAAGAUAUCAUUCUCAAGGUAAAACUGACAGCUUGGGGGCUAGGGAGAGAUCUUUCACUCCAACCCAUGACAAUUAGUCACGAGAUCCUUCCUUUCACCCUCAAAGUCGGCACGAAGACUUGCCAGAGGAGGUUCGGUUGGGACAUUCGCUGUCACCUGCACUCUUUAUCAGAGGACCAAGUAUCAUUCUGGAAGGGUCUUCAAGCUGACCCCAAGGGGUGCCGCAAACUCAGGUUUGGCCCUCGAGAUCUGGUAAAUGAGAUCAGGAAUGACCAUAUCGCCAGUAUUACUACCUGGAAGGCAUGCAGCGAACUCAAACGCUUUGUCGUGCAUGCUAUCCACGUUGCCACUUGUGGCGUUGCUGCGAUUCCAUACAAUCUCAUCUUCUUUGACUUCGAUAUGAUGGAUGGCAGCAACAAUGACGAUGACCCAAGGAAGGAGCCUUGGUCUCUCGAAUAUUGUUCUCCAGACAAGCACGCUAUCAUCCAUCGCUUGCUGGAUUGGAUUGUCGAAAAGCCCCUGAAGGCCGCAUUUCUGAGGAUCAAUGGACACUGCAAUGAAAAGAUCUUUUCUACCAUCCUGGAAAAGGAGUCGGAGAUGGCGGAAUUGAAGGCAGCAAAGGACACCGUUCAAUGCGUAGUCUGUGGCAAGUCGGGAACACGCGAGAAGCUCUCGACCUGCUCCGUGUGCUGCUGUCCCAUGUAUUGCAGCCGUUCCUGUCAACGAUCCCACUGGAAACAAGGGCACAAGAAGGAGUGCGCCAACUUGAAAAGAGAGAAGAAAAUGGAAGAUAAGGCAAUGAGAGUCACCGAAAGGAAGCUGGAGGAACGGAGAGCGUAUGACCUCGUGGACGAUCUUAUGGAUUUGAAAUUCUAG